GGCUGCUCCGGCUAGUGCGGCUCGGCGAGCUCGCGCGGGUGCCGCCGCCGUUGCUGUCCACCCCGCCGCGCCGCCCGCGCUGCGGGUCUUGCAGGCGGCAGCCGGGGAGGAAGCGGCCGAGAGAGCGGAGCACGAGGAGGCGGAGGCGGGGGAGAAGUGAUGCUGGCGCCGGGUAUCCGGGCAGCGGCAGCGGAGAAGCAUCUCCUCCAGGACCCCGGUUGCAGCGUUCCUGUGGCCCGCGGGCCAGCCGAGCGGCCAGAGAACACGCGUCCCUCUGGUAAGACCCAUUAGAGACACUUCAAGAGCUGCUCAGUCCAGGAGUGUGAGGAUUGUGUAAAGACAUGGAUGCUUUCCUCUGAGAAGAAUACAGAAAUUUUCAUAAUAGGUGCACCAGCAAGGCCUGAGAAAGACUUUGGCACUGAUGAAUUUAAGAGAAGGAGGGAUCAAAGGGAGAAGCCUGGACCAUGAGCGACCAUCCGUGGAAUUUCAAUCCUGCCCAUUCUCCAGGAGCUAAAGAAUCAUUAGGAGAGGAACUUGUGCAAAGGAUUCUGCAGUUGGCUAAGCAGCAGCUUCUCCUGGCAUAAGCCACGUCACAUCUCAUCAGACAUGUGGAGACCGUGCUUGGUGCCCUGCACUUAGGCAUUAGUGGAGUCCUUCUCCAGUCUCUACUGUCUCUACUGCCCUUAUAUUUGCUGAAUCUCUGAGGAGUUUUUUCAGGAAUGUAUUGUAUCGAUCACCAGGUUGAUGAUAUCAUCUAUUAGAGUUAAGAAGACUUAUGAGACAUGGAACCUUCCGUCAGGUUUGGAAGAAAGUAGAAUGAAUGUAGAGAUGGCAGACUGCUACCAAGACCCAUGAACAAUCCCAAACUCUCGCUUUUCUAUCGAACUUUUAAGAUUCCUUAGUAACAUGCUGCCUUUGCAAGAUGAAAAGAAGCUAGUGCCAAGAAGGCAUAUUAUUCAAUAUUUGGAAUAGACGUGCUCUCAAGACAAUGGCUUCAAAGGUCUCCUGUCUAUAUGUUUUGACAGUUGUGUGCUGGGCCAGCGCUCUCUGGUACUUGAGUAUAACUCGUCCUACUUCUUCCUACACUGGCUCCAAGCCAUUCAGCCACCUAACAGUUGCCAGGAAAAAUUUCACCUUUGGCAACAUAAGAACUCGACCUAUAAACCCACAUUCUUUUGAGUUUCUCAUAAAUGAGCCUAACAAAUGUGAGAAAAGCAUUCCUUUCCUUGUUAUCCUCAUCAGCACUACCCACAAGGAAUUUGAUGCCCGCCAAGCAAUCCGAGAGACAUGGGGGGAUGAGAACAACUUCAAAGGUAUCAAGAUAGCCACUCUCUUCCUCCUGGGCAAGAAUGCUGACCCUGUUCUGAAUCAGAUGGUGGAGCAAGAGAGCCAAAUCUUCCAUGACAUUAUCGUGGAGGACUUUAUAGACUCCUACCAUAACCUUACCCUCAAAACAUUAAUGGGGAUGAGAUGGGUGGCCACUUUUUGUUCAAAAGCCAAGUAUGUCAUGAAAACAGACAGUGACAUUUUUGUAAACAUGGACAACCUCAUUUAUAAACUACUGAAGCCUACCACCAAGCCAAGAAGAAGAUAUUUUACUGGCUAUGUCAUCAAUGGAGGGCCAAUUCGGGAUGUCCGUAGUAAGUGGUAUAUGCCCAGGGAUUUGUACCCGGACAGUAACUACCCACCCUUCUGUUCAGGGACUGGCUAUAUCUUUUCAGCUGAUGUCGCUGAACUCAUUUACAAGACCUCACUCCACACAAGGCUGCUUCACCUUGAAGAUGUAUAUGUGGGAUUGUGUCUUCGAAAGCUGGGCAUUCAUCCUUUCCAGAACAGUGGCUUCAAUCACUGGAAAAUGGCCUAUAGUUUGUGUAGGUAUCGCCGAGUUAUCACCGUGCAUCAGAUCUCUCCAGAAGAAAUGCACAGAAUCUGGAAUGACAUGUCAAGCAAGAAACAUCUCAGAUGUUAAGAUUUUUACCAAUAAAUACACUUUUUUUUUUUUUUAAAGAAAUGGGUCUAAGGUAUUGGUAUUUUUUAGGUGUCACAAGGGGAAAUGAAUCAGUGAAGGGGUUUUAUAAAAAGUUUUUUCUUCCUGCUCUUAGUUCCUUACUUUUAUUACCAAUUUACAAAUGUUAGGCUCUGGUCAUAGAAAUAAUACAUGAGUUAGAAGGGCCAGCUUUCUCUCAGGUCCUAAGGUAUUGCCAUUUGUGUCAAAAAGCAAGUUUCAAACAACUUUUAGGAUUUACAUAAUCAGGUACUGUACAUCUGAGAUAAAAAUCUUGUUCUGAGAAAUUGAAAAUCAUAGUACUGUCUUCAUAUCGUCUCUGAAAAAAAAGAGUAAAUAAUCUUAAAAAACAAUUUGGAAUUGAUUGACUUACAGUCAUGAAGACACACUUGAUGUGGUUAUUAAUAUUGUGUGCGUGUUGUUGUUACAUUGAAUUUCUACGUAUAUUGCCAUGUAAUAUGUGCAGUAUUUGUGGUUCCACCAAGAAAUGCACUUCAUGCUGGCAGGAAGAAAACAAAUACAUGAAUGGAAAUUUAAACUUGAGAAUCAAAUAUUCUGUAUGUUUGAGAGUCAAGUCUGCUCAUUGAAGGAUUAAACACAUGGUCAGCAGGUGGAAUGUAUAUAAAAUGCUACUUAACAAAAUAAAGUUUGUUUGUUUGUUUGUUUUUUUUUGGCUCUUUCAGAACAAACAUCACAUUAUGCCUCCAAGGAGACUUUGCCAAAUAUAAUCUCACCCGCUUCUCUUCUCUUCCAUACAAUAUAAGUGCAUUUUAGAGUUUCUAGAUCAUGCAGACACAUGUCUCCAUAUGUAGAAAAUAAGUUGGUAGGAGGCCAGAAUGAUAAAAUCACACUCAGAGAAUACAAAUUUAAGUGUGCAUCAUAAUAUAAGCUUAGCAAUAAUAUAAGAUCCCCCCCCCACACACACACACACACACUUUUGCAAAGCAAGUGAGAAAAUCUUUAGCAGGUACCAAAUUUAUUGAAAGAUCUGCCCUUACAAUUAAUAUAUGUGAUACUCUCUGACGUCUAAAACAUCCAAGUACCAUUAGCAGCAAUGUGGUUAUGCGGUGUUGUCAGGCUACUAUGAUUGAAGUUCAGGGAAAGAAAGAGCAGGAAGCCUGGGUUUGGGUCCUAUUGUUGCCAUCAUACUUGUGGGGUAAUGAGAGGUAAGCAUCUUAACCUUGCUUUGCUUCAAUAUGCUCAUUUAUAUAAUGGCUGUUAAAAAAAACACCUACCUCUCAGAUACUGUGAGAGCAAAUUGCAUUUGCUAAGUUAUUUGAGAUCCUUAGUUUAAAGGUGCUAUGUAAUGAAAUGUAUCAUGCAUUGUCCUAAAUAAUAAAAUUGUUUUAUAAUUACAAUGGUCAUCAAUGGUAAUAACAUCAAUCUUAAUAUAAAAUCUGCCAAAAUGAAGAUCAACUAUGAACCAGUGGACCUGAUUCUUCUAAGACUUUGACUUUUCCAUGAGAUUAAGUUAGGAAUUUGGGGAAGCUUCAUUUUUCUCUGCCAUUUCUUCUGGUUUCGGUGAGUAAGUUAUUACUUCACUUGAUUGCCUUGAUAUCCCAGGUUGCUAAAAGUGAAGGUAGCUGCCCAUCAUUGGGGAGGAGCCUCUGGGUGGGUGGUAUAUAACAGUAAGUGAAACGCUUGCUUUGCAAAAUGCAUCAGGAACUACCUAGAACUCAGGAAACAUUUGAUCUGAAUCCUCUCUGAGAACUUUGAGGAUAGGCAGAGCUAGUCCACCUCUCUCAGAAGAACGGGCACUCAGCAGAGGUAUCACAACCCAUAUGAUGCAGAUCUUCUACCAUUCAUUAGUAAGCAUACUGUUUGUUUUCAUUCAAAGAAAGUCCCACAACUGAAAGAGAGAAUGCCUUAUUUUUUGUUAAUCUGACCCCUGCAAGCCCCCAGAGAAGUUAAUAGCAAACACCUAGACAAAAUGAACAAAUGAAAGUCAUGGUCUAUUUCUUGAAAACAUUUAAUCUCUCCUUCCCAGCCCCAAAGAACCCUAUACAGGACAGAACUUCCCAUCCGUUAAUAUGUCUUUGUCUUCUGAUCAGCGGGACUGCUGAUUUUGAUAAGAGAACAGCAUUAGGUAGGCUGAGGAGAGCUGGAUCAGCACAAGGUGAGCCACCAUCCAGCCCGGUAGCCUCAACUGCUGUGAAUUCUGGUCACUGGAAAAGUCUCGUGGCUUUGUACUUGAUUCUCCUUUCAACUGUGCAACAGAAUCCAGCCUCCGUCUCUUCCCAUUGCCUUGCAUCUACCCUGUGCUCAGUCAAGCCACCUUUGGUGUCAAGGACUUGCACAUUAUAAACUUCAAAUAAAUUGUCUUAUAAAUAUGUGCUUAUACAUUAUGAAUAGAGCCCUAAUUUUAAAAAGGAGCAAAAAUCAGAGAAUCAUAUGUCUUAAAGAACUAUUUCCUAGCUUUUUAAAGGCUAUAUAGUGCCCAUGUGACAAACAUGUAAAUAUUCAUCAAAGAAUACAUGUAUAUAUUUUAACGACUUUUUUUCUUCUCCCCAGUUGUAUGUAUAACUAGAAUCUGCUUGCUAUGUAACAUUUUCUUCUGCAUGGAGCUUGACAAGGCAAGGUCAUUUGUCCAGUGUUUCAACAGCUUUAAGCAUGUUUGCCCUUCAUUUUUUGAAUGUUCAAAAAAAUGUUUGUUAAGUGGUCAAAAAAAAGCUGUCAUUUUCUACUUUCGUUAAUUUUCUGACACUGGCCAAAUUAUGGUUUCAUUUACUUGCUGAGCCAUUUUAUGGAUUUCUUUACUGAUAUAAAAUUUCAGACAGUAUUCUACCAGGAGUCGUUCAGACAAUUUUUACAAAAAUGUUCUGAUUGCCCUCCCCCACCUAUUUUGUUAUUAUGCACUGGAUAACAAUAGGUAUCAAUAAUCAGUGUCUGUAUUCUUCAUGUUUUUUUCAAAUUUAUUUUUUGAAGAAAAAAGCGUUAUCUUUGGUGGCUAAUUUGUGCAGCUUUGCAUCUUCUUAUAUUGGAGCAAAUACCAGUUUCAUUAUAUAAUACUGUAUUUUUAAAUAUCCUGAAUCAAACAAUGAAGAAAAUCAUUUUUGAUUUGGAUUAAAUUCAGAAGAACAAAACCCCUUUGUGUGAUAUGAUAUGGGGAAAAUAAACUCUUUUUGGAGAAACCAAGGAAGGAGUUUUUCAAUCAAAUCUCUUCUAUCAAAGACAAUGGAAUAUUUACAUGAAGUGUCUGGGAUUCGUUUUCUACCUUUCCUAAUAUGUGGGCUUAGUGGGGGAAUUAUGUCAUUUCUUCUGUAAAGGUGAAGAUAGUUUUUAUAAGCAAAAAAGUAACUUGUGAAUGAAAGAAGUAAUUUACUAGAAACACUUCUUGAUGAUAAUUGACGUUUAGGUGUAUCAUUGUAUAUGAAUGAUUGUAUUUAUGUAUUUAUUUGUCAAAAUUGUACAUACUGUUUCACCCAAAGUAACUGUCUGUAAAAGUGCACUCUCCAGGUUUGUAGUACUAUUUAGGGUUACAUGGGUUGCCAAUCAAGCUGCUAAUCAGAACACUAUUUUUUGUAUCAAUGUUAUGAAACUGGAAAAUGGCAAAUCGAUGCAAAUAUGUCUUUACAUUCAGUUUCUUCACCUUCCUCUUGAACUGUUGAUUGAAAGCACGAUGCUAAUGUAUAGGACCAUCUGUCGUGAGGAAGAUUAUGGUUCCUUAAAGCUGAUUUUUUUAACCACUGGGACAAAUAAACAGA